GAGAAUUUUCUCCUUUGAAGCUAGAAGCCAGAAGACCAGGUUCUCUCUUCUCUCCAGCUCUCACCAACUCCAUCCUUAUGCAGGAUCCCUGUUAUUACAGAUCGAAUGGGUCAAAUUGGGGGCCGGGGCCUAGAAGCUGGAGAGGGUCCUGAACUUUUGGAGGGCCAUGGUGUGCCUUUGAGGAAUUCACUCAAACUCUUGGAUGGGGCCCUGGGCCUUGGUAUACUAGGACUUGGUGCUCGCCUUGUCCUGGCCCUGGCUGGACCAGGCAUGAUGCUCCUGCUGCUGUUUCUAAUGUUGAGUUUCCUGACCUUCGACCUUAUGCUUGGGACCCAGCAGUUGCCUCUGCCUCAAAGACCAAUGUUUAGACCUGUUGGCCCAGGAGCAGGGGGUGAAGGCCCCCACCUGCAAGAACCACUGCUCCCACCUGCCCUGAGCCAAGCCCUGGAUGGAUUCCUGCUCUUCACUGGCCUAGGGCUCCUCUUUGGGGCCCUGAUGCCAUUCAGUAUCUUCAGCCUUAUAGUCACCCUACAGGCUCUGGCCUGA